CGGCACGAGGAACCAAAGAAACCCAAAGCAGGAACAAAACUUAAAAACCAAGAACAGUUCCGGAGGCACACAAGCCGCCUAAGAACGCAUCGGAGCAUUCAUCCGUCUCGAGCAGCUCCAUUCACCGUCUGAAAGGGUAUUUCGUACAAUUCGCUGGCAAAGCUUUUUUAAAAUAUAUUUGAUUGAAGGAUUGAUGGGGAAAGAAAGUGAAACAAUGGCAAUGGAUAUUGACGGUCCAAAAUCGAACAAUUCCGAGCAGAUCAGCCCUAGAUAUUCAAUUAACGUGUUGCAGCUCUUGAAGUCUGCACAGAUGCAACAUGGUUUGCGCCAUGGGGACUACACGCGAUAUCGGAGGUAUUGUACUGCUCGGUUGAGGAGGUUAUAUAAAUCAUUGAAGUUUACUCAUGGCCGUGGUAAAUAUACUCGCAGAGCCAUUACUGAAUCCACUGUUACUGAAGUGAGAUUUCUGCAUCUGGUUCUUUAUUCGGCGGAGAGAGCUUGGAGCCAUGCUAUGGAGAAACGACAGCUUCCAGAUGGUCCAAAUGCGCGGCAGCGCAUUUAUUUGAUCGGGAGACUAAGGAAGGCAGUACAAUGGGCUAACCUUUUCUCACAGUUGUGUGCCGCCAAGGGAGAUUCCAGGACAUCUUUAGAAGCUGAGGCUUAUGCAGCCUAUAUGAAUGGCAACUUGUUGUUUGAACAAGACCGGAAUUGGGACACCGCAUUGAAGAAUUUCAUAAGUGCCAGAGCUGUUUAUGAGGAACUUGGGAAAUAUGGAGACCUGGAAAAUCAAGUUUUAUGCCGUGAGCGUGUUGAAGAGCUUGAACCCAGUAUUCGAUACUGCCGGCACAAAAUUGGCCAGUCUAAUCUACAAACCUCUGACCUCCUACAAAUUGGUGAGAUGGAAGGUCCUGCACUAGACCUCUUCAAAACUAAAAUGGAGGCUGUUAUGGCUGAGGCAAGGUCUCAACAGGCAGCUUCCCUGACUGAGUUUCAUUGGCUUGGUCAUAAAUUUCCAAUAUCCAAUGCAAAAACUAGGGUUGCCAUAUUAAAAGCUCAAGAAUUAGAGAAGGAUUUGCAUGGUUCUGCAGCAGAUUCACUCCCAGCGGAGAAAAAAUUAGUCGUCUUUGACAAAAUUUUUGCUGCAUAUCAUGAAGCUCGAAGCUGUAUUCGCAGUGAUUUGGUGAGUGCAGGCAAUGCUGAUAGUGUCAAAGACGACUUAAGUGGCCUUGACAAAGCUGUUAGUGCUGUGCUAGGACAACGAACAAUUGAGCGUAACCAGCUGUUGGUUAGCAUUGCAAAGAGUAAAUUUAUUAAACGCCGUGAUGACAAAAAUGAGAAACUGACCAGGCCUGAGGAACUUGUUCGCUUGUAUGAUCUUUUAUUACAGAAUACAUCUGAUCUUUCUGACUUGGUUAGUUCCGGAAGAGACACAAAGCCUGAGGAAGUUGCAUUCUCUGAAGAUUGUGCACUUAGGAGUUUGGCUUUCCGAGCACAAAGGUGCUUUUACCUAGCAAAAUCUUAUAGUUUAGCUGGGAAGAGAACAGAAGCGUACUCAUUAUAUUGCCGUGCUCGUUCCCUUUCUGAGAAUGCCCUACAGAAGUUUCAAUCUCUUAAUAACACUGAUGAGAUAAUGGUGAAAGAGCUGAAGACUUUGUACAACGAGUGCAGAUCUAAUAGUUGUAUAGAGCAUGCAUCAGGAAUUAUGGAGGAUGAGAAGGCUCCAGAAAACCUCUCGAAAAAAGUUUCUGCAAUAUCAUUAAGUGGAGGUGACAAGAAGGUAGAGAAAUUCCUUCUUGAGAAACUUGAUGUCUAUGAAUCAGCAGUUGGUGAUCCACAUGUGAAAGCUCCUCCUCGGAUUGAAGUCUUCCCUCCAGCCUUCCAAACAAUACCUCGAAACCCCAUCAUUCUAGACCUUGCCUAUAAUUAUAUUGAUUUCCCGUCUUUAGAAAACAGGAUGAAGAAGGAUAAGAAAGGCUUCAUUAGUAGGCUCUGGCGUUGAGUUGCGUAGAAUGAGGAUUUGAUUAACUCAAUAAACCAGGAAAGAAAAGAAGCAAAAUGAGCUAUUUAGUGAGGUAUGGGAGGCAUUUGCUGUGUAGUCAGAAGCUGGGGGUUUGAAUUUUAUUCAUUUAAUUUCCAUGACGGUUUUUCCUUUUGACUUUUAGGUUAAUUGAUAAUCUUGGCCUAGGCCCUAUUAGUUUUAGUGACGAGUUGAAAGUAGAAAUGUGAAUGUUAUUCAUCUUUUAUAUUUUGGUCGAAAUGAGAUACAAGAGAGCAAACCUAAUUAUGCAA